GCGAUUAAUCGCAAAAAAUCCAUGUGAUUAAUCGCAAUUAAAUAUUUUAAUCGUUGCCCAGCACUAGUAUAUAUGAUCUACAUUAUGUUUGAUGUACUUCCUCCUCCUCCUCCUUCAGGUGAACUACUAUGAGCGCAGCCUGGAGGUGAUGAGACAGAGCAUGGAGGUGGAACGUAAAGACAUCUCUCAGGCCUUCAAGAUGGAGAUCAGUGAGCUGGAGGAGCAGAAAUCUCAGGCGGAGCAGCAGGUGAAGCAGCUGAAGGAGACUCUGGAGAAACUGAGCUCUCAGAUACGAGGAGGAGGAGGAGGAGGGUGGAGCCACGAGCAGGAGCGCAGAAUGCAGCGGGAGGGGGCGGAGCUGGAGCAGAACUUUGCCAGAGAGAUCGGCAACCUGGUCCAGAGACUGAGCUCUGAGAAGGACCAGCUGGAGGCGGAGCUGAAGCUGAAGGCGGACCAGGAAGUGAUGCUGGUCAGGGCUGAAGCAGAGCAGCAGCGCCGCCUCCUCCACCGGCUGCAGGAGCAGAGAGGAUUCUGGGAGGAGCAGAGAGGAUUCUUGGAGGAGCGGCUCGCCCAAUCAGAGCAGGAGAAGAGCUCCGUGGAGGAGCAGCUCCUGCUUCAGGUGACUCAGCUGAAGGAGGAGCUGUGGAACCUCCAGACGGAGUCCGACCGGGUCCUGCGGGACCGGGACCGCCUCUCCGACGCGUUCGUCCAGCAGCAGGAACGGCUCCGAGCCAGAGACCAGACCGUGAAGAGUCUGCAGGACUCCACCAGGAACCGGGUCCAGGGUCUGUCCAAACUGACUGCCGAGCUGGACUCGCUGAAGACGGACCGCGCCAGGCUGAUCCAGGACCUGAAGGACCAGGCCAUGGCUGUGGACAACCUGCAGCUCGAGCUGGACGGUGUCUCUGAGGAGUUGGACGGGAGGAGGAGUGCCGAGGAGGUUCUCCGGGACGCUCUGGAGCAGGAGCGGACCAGGACCUCGCUGCUCCGGUCCGCUGUGGACGAAGACAAGGAGGAGGUCUGUCGUCUGAGCCAGGAGAACAGGAGCUACGCCCGGCUGGUGGACCAGCUCUCCAACCAGAUCGUAGAGAUGGAGGAGGAGAUCUCCACGCUCAGAGACCACCUCGGAGAACUCAGCACUCAGCUCAACGGGACCGCAGACCUGGUCCUGGACUUCCGGAGGCAGCUCAACUCCAAAACCUGCAAGGUGGACCGGCUCCGGGCCGAGGUCGCGGAUGGCGCUGAUCUCUUACGGCGAGCCGAGGCCUCCUCCAGGAAGCAUCACAAAGACCUGGAUCUGACCGGACAGCAGGUCCUCCAGCUGCAGCGGGACCUGCAGGACUCCCAGGACCAGCUGAGGACAGCGGAGCAGGGCUUUGAACGGGAGAAGAGGAAGAUGAUGCAGCAGCUGAUGGAGCUGGAGAAGCUGUUCCUGGACCUGGAGGAGGUGAUGGACCCGGCCAGUCCACACAGGACUCAGCUGGAGGAGGUCCGACUGGAGAACGGAGCUCUUCAGCAGCGACUCAGCGUCCUGCAGCAGGAGGUCACCGAGCUGGAGGACGACGUCGCCAAGAACAGGAGGAGAGUGGACGAGAUGGAGAGAGACCACGAGAGGAGUCGAGAGGAAGAGGAGAGGCUGCACAAAGAGAACUCCAGACAUCGAGAGGAGGUUCUGGAUCUGAGCAGCAGGAACCUGAAGCUCAGCAACGACAACGCCGAGCUGAGCGCCCAACUCCGUGGACACCAGGAGUCGGUCCGGAUGCUGAGGGAGCGCCUGGAGACGGUCUCCAAGGAGAAGGAGGAGGAGGAGACCACGGUGCGGCGGCUGCAGGAAGCAGCGUUGCAGCAGGAGAAAGAGAAGCUGCAGCAGGAGGCCGUCUGGACGCAGGACAGAGAGCUGCUGGACAGACAGAUCAGCUGCUACCAGGAGAAGGUGACUGCUCUGUCGUGUCUGGAGGCGGAGCUUAGCACUGUGACUGUGAAGCUGCAGAGUCUGGAGGAGGAGAAAGACAAACUGCUGAGAGAAGCUGAGGAGCAGAACAACAAGGUGGAGGCGCUGCAGCGGUCGCUGCUCUCUAUGGAGGAGGAGGCGGAGCUACUUUGCUCUCAGACACUUGGCCACACCCAGGAGACACUAGGCCACGCCCAGGAAGUGAGCGGGCAGCAGAGGAAGGUGGAGGAGCUGCAGAGCAGCGUCAGGAAGCUGGUGAAGGAGAAGGAGGAGCUCCAUCAGGCUCUGGAGGAGCAGGAGGAGACUCACAAACUGAGAGUCCAGAACCAGGAGCUCCAACACCAGCUGUCAGAGCUGCAGGUCCAGAGUCUGGAGGUCCAGAAGCUGAACCAGGAGCAGCAGAACCUGAAGACCAGACUGAGCGAGCUGCAGACAGAGCAGACGCAGGCUCAGAACCAGGCGGAGCUGGUUCAGGUGCAGCACCUCAGGAGGCUGCAGGAGGUGCAGGGGCGGGCCGGAGACGACCACAGGGAGCAGGAGGAGCUGCUGAGGGCCCGGCUAGAGGAGGAGCAGAGGAGGAGUCACCAGCUGGAGGAGACCCUGAGGCUUCAGGCCCAGCAGAGCAGCUCCCACAUCAGCAUGAAGCAGGACCAGUACGAGAAGGCGCUGUCCUCCCUGCAGAGGAGGAUGGAGGAUCUGGAGAGCACCCUGAAGGGGGUCCGUCUGGUCCUGCAGGAUAAGGUCCAGCAGCUCAAAGAGCAGCUGGUGAAGAACUCAAAGACCAGCUCUCUGCUGAAGGACGUGUACGUGGAGAACUCUGAGCUCAUGAAGGCUCUGCAGGUCACCGAGCAGCGGCAGAAACACGCAGAGAAGAAGAACCUCCUGCUGGAGGACAAAGUCACAGCUCUGAACAAGCUGUUGAGGGACGUCGUCACUGCAACGCUCCCGUAGCGACUGGUCCCAGACCAGCUUAACCAGACCAGCUUCAGGAUUUAAAGAGACUCUCAGUAAGAAACGCUCAGACAUGAAGGACGUGAAGCUGCUCAUCAACCAGAGUUAUUGAUGGGGAACAGAAACACACCAGUCCUUAUAUGUAUAUAUAUGUAUAUA